GCACUCAAUCUGUCACACUGUAGAAAGGCAGGAGGCACCAUUAGGGGCCUUUGAAGAUAUACAUACACAGAAAUAGCCACCUUAACAGUGUAUUAAAUGCAUUUGUGUUUGUGUUGGUGAAUAAAUGUGGCACGGUCCAUCUUAAUGAAGGCUGGUGAUAGUUAAUUCUGCAGCAUUCAAGGCUGUCUUUGAGAGGUCUGCAAUAUUCAAUCAGGACUGGUAGCAGGCCAAAGAGAGGCAGCCCUAUUCAGCCGAAAGCCUCACUGCAGUCUCCCAGGUAGGUUGUAAAAUACUCAAUUUGUUCACUAAUUUACCAUAUGUAAUGUAAUGUAAGAUGUCUGUUUUAUUGAUGUUUUAUGGCUGUUAGUACAAUGCUCUGGAGGUGUUUUAAACAGUGAAAUUGAGAUGAUAAUGUUUGCAUUCAUGAAAAAAAAAACAAGUGGACUUCAUAUUCCUAAAACGCAGCCAUGUGCUCUUUCAUUCUUUCGUGCUGCAUAUAUGUCCACAGACAGGUGGAUUGCACUUUGCUAAAUCUAAGGUAACAAACAAAAGCAGACUCGGUGACCUUGAUGUGAAAGGGCAUCCUCACCUAAGCUUAAGCUUUCACUAUUUUUGCAUUUUGAAAAAGAUCAGAAAUGUUACUGAUCAUCAAUGACAUAUUCAGAUUUGAGAGUAGUAUUUGGACACAAUCCCAAACAACAUUUUCCAGUUUAUCAUCUGUGCUGUAUACACCCUCUGAUAGAGGCCUUAAGUAAGACCAUAUUUUACCCCCUUUCUGCUUUUAUCCUGCUCAUUUCCUUUUCUUCCUCUCCAUUUCCCCCACCUCUCUCUGUCUCCGACUCCCUCUCUCUCCCCUUUCUCUUCACCAGCUGCUGCUGCUCCAGAGCCAGAGUGAAGAGUCCCCUCACCCCCCUGCACACACAGAGACAAAAGGCCUGCUUCGCCUGCUGAACACUGCCCCCUUUCUCCAUCCCGUCCCUUCAUGCAAGGCUGUGGUGAUGGUGGUGGUGGUGGCUUCAGGAGAAAUCGAGGCCUGGACUGGGACUGAAAAUCUCAGACUGACACAGUGAAGGAGAGUGGGAAGAGGGAGGAGGGAAGGAGGAGGAUGAGGAGGAGGAGGAUGGGGGCUGGAAGGGUUGGAGCUGAGUGAGUGCAGGUGCUAAGGCCUCUACAGGAAGACUGUCUUUUUCCUGAAUAUCUGUCAUCAAAUCUGACAAAGGGUAUGCCACAUUUACCUCUAUAUGCGCAUGAACCUGCAUGUUUGUGUUGAUGUGUUAUGUGUCAGUAUAUGUGGGUCGAGGGUGGCAUGUGUUUGAUGUAGAUCUGGGGAGGGAGGUGCAUGAUUGGCCUGUGUUUGCCCAUGUCAGACUGUCUGUGUUUUUACACACCUUGUCUUUAUAUCACUGUUCUGAGAGUGUGGCUGCAGGGAGCUGCGGGAUAGAUUUUUUUAGUUUCUGAGGAAUCUACUAGCAUGUCUGUGGAUGAAAGCACAAGGGGAUUUGACUGAGAAACAGGCCAAGGUAACAGGUUCAGCUGCCAUUACUUUGUUUUUUUCCCCUCUUUUCCAUGUUUUGGUCAUUCUCUUUCAUUUUUGCAUCACUUCACCUAAAAUCUUAAGAUUAAGCUCAUCUUUCAGUUUCUAUUCUAUGAUUUUCAUAACUGUCCUACUGUUUUUGUACAUGCAAAACUCACCCAAGCAUCUCCUUUUCAUCACUACUGUUUACUUUUUUUAGGCAUUGCAUCUUCUAAAUUUCUUUUCAGAGUCUAAAAACAUUCUGUGUUCUUUUUUUCCACAAAAUACAUAAAAAUAUGCAUGUAGUUUGGUCAAAAGUGUCGCAGUGCUUCCUGGGAGGUGGGCACACUGCUCCUGCUUGUGUGUUUCUGAGGCCAUAUUGCAGCAGAGGGUUUUAUGCUGGGUGACCGGAACCAGCUGAAACCAGUUUGAGGCAGACCGAGGGCUGACGGGAACAAUGCCGGCUCUGUGCUCCACUGAGGAAUAGAGAUUGCCCAGGCUUCAGCAUGGCAGCCAUUGACAGGCUCAGCCACUGGCUACCAUGGCACAGACACAGACACAGACCCUGCUGCUGCUGCUGCGGCUCGCUGCUGGCUGCAUGUCGGUGUGCUACGCAGCUCGGAUGAAAGCGAGGGGGGCAGGGAGAUUUAGGAAGGGACGAGGACAGGGGGACGUGGCUGGCUGGGAGUCUGUGAAUCUGCAGCCUACAGCCUGCCUCACAUACACACACUCUCACAUACACAUAUAGAGGAGUAUGAUCUAUCUAUCUGAUUGUAUGUCAGUGUGCUGGUACUGGUGCAGGGAAUGACUAAGGAGAAUCCUUACCAGGACCACCAGCACUCACCAGAUCUCUGGAUGUAAUCUGACCCUGUGUUCUGGGCCUUCGCCUGGGUUGUGAAGAAACAGGACUGUUUUUUUUCCAGGCAGGGUGGGGUUGAUGGCUUUUUGUAGGUUAGUAGUGUUGUGACUGUGUUUGUUGCAGGAUGAGAGGAAGGCAGGAAAGGAGGUUUGGCUAGUGGCUGGAGAGGGACGGAGAAAGAGGGUGAGAGUGGCUGAUUCACUUGCAUGUUGUUAUUUUACAUUUAGUUUACUGAGAUUGCAGUUUUCUUUUACACUGUUGUUUUUUUCAGAUGGUUGUCAUGCAUGUGUAUUAAAAUGCUGCUUAUGACAGGAGUUUUGUGUUGUGUAUUUUUCAUAUUUGUCUGUAUUUUACCUUUAUUUAAUGUCUAAGUCAGGCUGCUGCUGGCUGUCAUGGCUGUGACUAGCUGUUCUUUCCACCAGGCCUUUUUCCCUCUGUCUGCUGCAGCUUCACACAGCUCAGCAGCCAUUUUGCCCCCUUCACUGCCUGUUUCGCCUGCCCUCUCCCUCCAUAUUAUUUCUUAACCUCUUACUGUCUCUCUCUCUCUGUCUGACAGGCUCAUAAUUACAACAAUUCCUAAGCCAUCUCAUUGGAUCACUGGUGUUUUAUUUUUCAAACCAAAGAUGAAACUACGCGACAUGUUUCUUGUGUGUUCUGAUGUGUUUGUAAUGCAUUUGGAUCAAAGAGCAGCACGGGUUAGACUGCACGUACUGUAUAAGCAGAGCAAUUAGAUCACUAUGCUUCUUAUCCCAUCCAAUGCCCAUAAUACACAGCAUCUCGCACCCAUCCUAUCACAUCUAUGUUUAGGACUGAUCUAUUAUGAAGUCCACCUCCCAACUUUCACAAACUUCUCUUCAAGAGCCAGAGUUCUUGUUGCUUGUAAAGGGUGACCAUCUUAAGGACUUUUUAAUGUCUCUUACUUGUCAUCAUUUACAUUUCACAUUUCAUCUAGCUAAUGUUUACAUGACUCAUUCACCCCAACAAACAAGCAAUAAAUGUCAAUCCAGAGAACAGAGAAUUGCUCAUGUUUGCUCUAAUCUCAGUUUAUUAUAGUAAUAACUUGAAUCGAAUCACCCAAAUAUCACUAUUCAUAGACAGGGACUUCCUGUUAUAGCCAAUUCAUGUUCAACCAGCAGCUUCUGGGCAGAGUUAAAAACAGUUUUGUUAGCACGCUGGUAAACUGUUAUUUUUCUUCCCAUGUAAUUUUGUUAAUUACAGCAAUUUGAUGAUUUAUUGAUGGAAGACGUUUUAUUGAGAACUAGGAUUUAAUGUCACAUUUAUCUACUGUGUAAACAAGCAUUUGGUUCUCCGAAUUUUUCCUCUCAAACAUUUGACGUUUAUGAUGACAUUAUCAAAUUCAAGGCAAAGAGAGAAUAUAUUUAGGACGUACUUGUAUGUAUCUGCCUGCCAUACAUAAACUGAAACUGCAAUCUGGUUUAAUGAAAAGGACAAAGUGUUAAGCUCUCAAGGACAAUCAAGUCAUGGUCAACCAGGAAUUUUUAGGCUGUAAUGUAUGUGGGCAGCAGAGGCACACAUGUUGGUGGAAAACGUAACUGCAAAACUAAAAUCUGGGUGAUGGUUGUGCACAUACAUGAAUACGCAUGAAAUCUGUUUAUCCUCAUAUUAGCUUUGUUUUUUUUUAAAGGAUCAACAUUUAAAGAGUACAUUGCAUUCUUUAAUUUGUUCACUCUAUUCUCCAUAAAUAAAAGCCCAAUAACAAAGGCACUAUAUCCAUUGUAAAUUCUGCAUCAAGUAUGCAAAGUAUGGUGUUUCUUGUUAUGAUCAAGAAAUUAUCAGAACUCAUUGUUAUUCCAUAAAUCUCUGUUACCCAGGUGAUCUAGCAGCAAGAACAUGGGUGAUAUGAAGACACCAGAUUUUGACGACCUGCUGGCAGCCUUCGACAUCCCUGACAUGGUGGAUCCAAAAGCUGCUAUUGAGUCUGGUCACCACAAUGACCACGAAGGACAGCUCAAGCAACCUAGUGGCACAGUGGCAUCAAAUGAUGACAAUGCCCAAAAUCCUCCCAUAGGACAUGACAUCGCUGUUAGUGUCAUUGUAAAGAACACUCGAAACACAGACACUGUUGAUCAUGUUGGGACUAUAUCUGAGAAGGAUGAACAAUUCCACUGUCAUUCCCAACCCCGCUCUGUUAGUGUUGGUCAUGGGGCUCAAAAUGGCCCUUUGUCUACAACUGCACAUGGUAACCAUCACAACAAAAAUGGUUGGAAAACUACCAGAGAUGAAGGACAGCCAAUUAACCAUCAAGCGUCUACCUUUAGUCAGUUCAGCCCAAUCUCCAGUGCUGAAGAGUUUGACGAUGAUGACAAAAUUGAGGUAGAUGACCCUGUGGACAAGCAAGAAGGACAGCCAAUCCUGACAUCCACAAAUAAUAGACAGGAACAGAAUCCAGAAUCGCCUGUAGGUGUGGAUAAUUUUUCUAAGCCCAGAAUAAAUGGCAACCAAAAACCUGAUAUGAACAAUAACAACAAUGGCACAAUUUCCAAUUCAAGAGGCCUUCCUCUAUCAAAUUUACCUGGGGAGAAUCUUAAAGACGGUGUCCUCACAUCACAAGGUCAGGAGUGCAAGAAGGUUGGAGAACAACCUGGGCUUAUCAGUUUGUCCAGUGUACCCCAAGUUAAAGCCAAGUCUUUGACAAAACUUUCAUCUUGCAUAGCAGCCAUCGCAGCCCUCAGUGCCAAAAAGGCUAGUGCUAUAGACUUGAGUAUAUUGGAGCCUCCGACAACAGAAAGAGAAUCUAUGGUCAUCACUGAUGAACCCAGAACUCCAGAGAAGAUACAGGAGCCUGAGUCAGCCCUGGAUAUUGCAAAGAGGUUGUUGACAAGCCAACCAGAAAGUCCCUCUAGUGUCAUCAGUGAAGGUAGCAGCAAAGAAUCCCCUGACUCAAGCACAGACACCACCCCAGUCAUCCCAAAAGUCAGGAUUAAAACAAUCAAGACCUCAUCUGGCCAGAUUAAGCGCACCGUAACCAGAGUUCUACCAGAGUUUGAUCCUGAGGGUCUAAAAAAAGGAGAGAGUAACACAUCCAUUAUAACAACCACCAAUGCAAUUUUUACAUCUUCCCCAAGGUCCUCUCUUCCAACCACGGUAGUAGCUACCACUGGAGGCCCUUCGAUAGAAAUAACCAAGCAAAUGACUAUCAAACCUGUGGCAACAGCUUUUCUACCUGUCUCUGCAGUCAAAACAGCUGGUUCCCAAGUCAUCAACUUAAAACUAUCUAACAAUACCACAGUUAAGGCAACAGUGAUACCAGCUGCAUCGGUGCAAAAUGCCAGCAGUGCCAUCUUGAAAGCUGCUAAUGCUAUCCAGCAACAGACCGUCAUGGUACCUGCCUCCAGUCUGACUAAUGCCAAGCUUGUGCCAAAGACAGUUCAUCUUAGUCAUCUAAAUCUUCUGCCUCAGACUGUAUCUACUGCUGUCUGUGAUCUUCAACAGGCCCUGUCCUCCUCAAAACACCCACACAAUCAACAAUCUCAUCAAGUCAAACAGCAGUCAACUCUUUCUGGCCGAGCCUCAAAAAAAGUCUCCAGGGUUCAAGUGUUCGCCACCUCUCAGAGCUCUGUAGUGGAUGCCUUCAAUAAAGUCCUGAGUAGCAUAAACCCUGUACCUGUGUAUGUUCCAAACCUUUCCCCACCAAUUUCAGCCUGUAUCUCCCUACCCUCACGUGGAUACAAGUGUCUUGAGUGCGGUGAUUCAUUUGCUCUUGAGAAAAGUCUGACACAGCACUAUGAACGUCGCAGUGUACGGAUAGAGGUCACCUGCAACCACUGUGCCAAAAGUCUUGUGUUCUACAACAAGUGCAGCCUCUUGUCUCAUGCCAGAGGCCACAAGGACAAAGGGGUUGUCAUGCAGUGCUCACAUCUGAUCCUAAAACCCAUUCCUGCAGAUCAGAUGAUAUCCACAUCACCCACACCAGGCUCUUCCAACAUCAUUGGCACCAUCUCUACCUCCCAAGCACAAGCACCCAAGAGUGAAGUAAUAGGGAGAGUUCCUAGUGGUGGGUCCCAAACUGCAGUAGUAUCCGCUCCAUGCACUGCUUCUCUUGCGGCAGCCAUGCCCUUGGAAGAUGACGCAUCAAAGCUCUGCAGGCACAGUUUAAAGUGCUUGGAGUGUAAUGAAACAUUCCAAGAUGACAGCUCACUAGCCAUGCAUUAUCAACAGGCACUGGAGUCCAGUGGGCAGGUGAGUGCAUGCAAAGUAUGACCAGGUUGAGAUUUUCUUUCAAAUAUCUAGACCCCACUUUUGCUAUGGUAACUGACUGUAGAAACACUGCCCUCUUGUGUAAUGGUCUUUUUACUGCAUAAUGUUGUGUGAGUGUUUUAUCAUACAGAGAUAACCCCUUCUAGACCAAUAACUGGUAAAAAUGUAACUGAUUGUAUCCUGUAUUCUCUUUUUCUAUGCCAUAGAAAACAUGCACUAUCUGCCAAAUGCUUCUACCCAAUCAGUGCAGCUUUCUGUCGCACCAGAGGAUACACCAGCAUAAGUCUCCUUACAUCUGCCCGGAGUGUGGGGCCAGCUGCCGAUCUGUCCAUUUCCAGUCACAUGUCACCAAAAACUGCCUCCAUUAUACCCGUAGAGUUGGCUACCGGUCAGUAUACCUCAAAUCAGAUGGUUCCAAUAACUAUUUGCAUUUUAGUUUCAUGCAUGAUGAACUACAGUUCCCAAAGCCCUUGAGCUCCUUCAAACUUUGAAUUUCAAACUUUUCCUUUAAAUUUUAGAUAGUAAAACAAAAAGCCAGUUCAGGGUGCUUAACAUUGCGCAUUUUUAUUCCACCGUCAUUAGCGAUCCUCUUGCUCCUGCUUUUCUUUUAAAUUACAAGUACAUCAGUUUGACAUUUUAAUUUUACUAAUGUGAUAUUACUCACAACCAAAUUUGUCUCAAAAAGGCUGAAACAACCACGAUUCAUAUGAGGAGUCAUCCUUAAAAAAUACCAUUGAAAGAAGUCUGUCAGACCAAUUAAAGUUCAAUUAGAAGUUUGGUUGAAUGAAUGUAUUUGAAUAUGCUUUUACAUGAGUCAUUCUGGCAUCAGAAAUGUGGCAUUUAGGCCUUCCUUUUUUCUCAAAGGUGUAAUAUUUAGUUUUGAAAUAGAAAUACCAAACCCUGCUUUCUUUUCUAUGAAGAUGUUGUAAAACCACUCUGGUCUUCAUGUACGAUCAUGACCAUAACAAAGUAGUUAACACACGAAACUGAUACUAUUUACAGCGUACAGUUCAGAACUUGAUAGUACCAGUGUUCCACUCCCAUUUAUGACUAAAAUAGAUGUGUGCAAAUUGUAAAAUAAAUUUAGGAGCACUUGUGGGACAAAAAAAGGACCAGUCAUAUAAACCACUAGAUGGUCUGGUUUCAAAGCUCCAUACACUUAAUUCAGGUCUUGCUGUAUUUUUGCCUGCAAACUGUAGCAUCUUCAGACUCUUUUUUUUAAUCAAAUCUUUUUUGUCUUUUUCCUUGCAGCUGUGUCCACUGUAGUGUGAUAUUUGCUGAUGUUGCAACUGUAAAGUCCCACAUCCAGACUAUUCACUGUGAAAUCUUCUACAAAUGUCCUCUCUGUCCAAUGGCUUUCAAGACUGCACCGGGAACGCACUCUCAUGUGAACACACAGCAUCCAGGCAUGAAGGCAGGAGAGCCAAAGUAGGUCUUUUAAUGCAUCAUUUAUCAGCAUAGCACGUUGGACGCUUCAUAAGCAUAUACAGUGCAAUUGUAAAAUUGAAUAUAUAGAUAUAUAGAUAUAUUUUUGCAUCACCAAUUUCAACAUUUAACUAAAACAAAGGCACAAACUUAACACAAACCUUACACUAACCAAAUUGUCAUUACACAGAAACACAUCAAUAAACACCUUUGCAUGCUUCUUUUCAACCAAUGAAAUCCAAUACCCAUGUCUAAUUUGCUUUUUCUGAGGAAAAUCCUCUCCGCUUUAUUAACAGUGGGAUUUCUUGGCUUUAGAUGUGGUGGCUUAGCUUAGGUUUGUUUUUUGUUUUUUCCACAUGGCAACCUUUCACCGCUCUUUUUACACUAGUGCUGAAAGUAAAAAGCAGGUGAUAAUGUGCAAUGGGUUGGGUUAAGCCUUGACCAUUCUGUGAUCAUUCAUAUUUUUGUUAAAUCAUAAAACAAACUAUCUACAGGUUUGUUUAGAGAUACCAGAUGUGCUUUCUAAGGACUGCUUUUCUUCUUUCUUUCCAGGGUGAUCUAUAAAUGUUCAAUGUGUGAUACUGUGUUCACUCUGCAGUCCCUGCUUUACACACACUUUGACCAGCACGUUGUCAAUCAUAAAGUGUCAGUCUUCAAAUGUCCUGACUGCUCUAUGCAUUAUGCACAGAAACAGCUCAUGUUGGACCAUAUCAAGGUGGGCACAUAAUACAUUAUUUGUCUGCCUGGCAUAAAUAUCUGUUCAGACUUAGUUUAAUUUUUAAUGUGCUCUACUUUUUUGUAACAACUUACAAUUAUGAGUCAUAUUAAAAAGACUUGAAAUGGUCAAAAUACCAGUUCUUCAUUUAUCUUUGUCUGCAACUAUCCUUUCCAGGCCAUCCAUGGAACCCUCAAGACCAUCGAAGGUCCACCCAACCUUGGCAUCAACCUCCCUCUGAGCACCAAGCUCACAAACUCUAACUGUACAAACAGUCCCUGUAAUAAUAACAAUAACAAAGAUGGAGGAAAUGUUACUGGUCAAGAUAAAGGAGAAAAGAAGCCGUCACCUUCACCUGUUAAGAAAACGAAGGCUAACCCAUCUGCCGACCUCAAGAACUCUACCGACUCAGGAUACACAUGUGGGGACUGCAACAAUCUCGCCUUUAGUUCCAGAGAGAGUUUUGUUGCUCACAUGAGGCGUGAACACGGCAAGGUGAUUCAAAGUAUUUUCAAUUUAUCCUAGCAAGACUUUGUAUUAAGUUUCUAAGACAACACAUCACUGAUCCUAUUUUUAAUGAAUUCUCCUGAUACUGCAGAUACUAAAGAAGCACCCAUGUCGGCAAUGUGAGAAGUCCUUCAGCUCCUCCCACAGUCUGUGCCGACACAAUCGUCUCAAGCACAAGGGACUGCGCAAGAUCUACACCUGUCCGUGAGUACACACCAACUGAGCUUUUUAUCCAAAAACAUGAUACAGCUAUUGCAGCUGCGAAGACCAAGUUUUCAAAUCUUGAGAGAGAUAUAUACAACAAAUCCAAUAAAAAAAACUUUCAUUCACUCUAGUGAUACAAAAAAUGCAAACAAGUUGAAUGAAGACAAACAAGACAAGAAAAGCUGGAGGUGCAAGGGCUACAGUUGUUUUCUCAUUAUAUUUUUGAUAGGCAUUGUCCAGCUCUGAGUCAGCCAUUCACUAAAAGAGUGCUGCUGGAUCAACACAUUCAACUAAUGCAUGAAGUCAAAGACCAAGAGGGGAAAAAUGCCAGUUCUGAUAAUAAAGAGGCGUCACCUGAAAAAGAAAAGGUAUGUCUGACAAUGAAGAGCUCUAUGUGCUUAUUUGUUCCUUAUGAGUCAGUUUAAUGUUCCUAGUCCUUCCUAACUGCUCAUUUUAACCUCCUCUACAGACUCGAAGUCCUAAAAGAAAGCUAGAACAAGAUGAGGGUCCUCCCGGGUUGAACUCCAGGGGCUCUAACUCACAGCCAUUGAAGAGACUCAAGGUGAAUAUUUUAAAAAUUCACAAGUGCGCCGUCUGCGGCUUCACCACUGAGAACAUUACAGCGUUCCACGAUCACAUUCCCCAGCACAAGUCGGACGGUUCAUCCUACCAAUGUCGAGAGUGCGGCCUGUGCUACACCUCGCCCCGCUCACUAGCACGACACCUCUUUAUCGUCCAUCGACUGAAGGAGCCACAAGGUCUCGCUCGAUUCAACGGACGAGGCAAAGACGAUGAUGAGAGUCAAAGAGAGAACCAGCUUGAUGUCACAGAUGAGAACAAUGACGGGACACCAAAUACCAAAUGCAAAGUUUGUGGCAAGAAGUUUGAGACAGAGGGGAACUUGAACACUCACAUGAGGACACACGGGAUGGCGUUUAUCAAGUCAAAGAGACUGAGCGCUGCAGAGAAGUGAGAGGACCAUGUGUUGAAACCAAUCAUUAAAAGACAGGAGGAAACUUUCUCACAAAAUUUAUUAGUUUAAAAUCCGUGCAGUCAACCUGCAGUAUCUUGAUUUCUCAUGGUUGUGCUGCAUCUAAAUAAUGUACAAUUAAGGUACUACUACUGUAUAUGUACACAUUAUACACAAAAAUAUGUAAUAUAUGUCCAAGUCACUUUUUGUGUCUUAGAAGUUCACUGAAAAAGAUUUUUGUAUACAUAUAGAUGUUUCUAUGGGCCUUAAAUAGAUCUUGUUUUUAUAGGAGAGCUUCUUUUUAUUAUUAUUUUUAACAGAUUUCAUCUUUUACCCACUCGGACCAGACAAUGUACAGAAAUAUUGUUAUAAUCUUUGGUAGUGUCCUGGAUCUUCAAAGCUGCUAAUGUCCAAUGAAUGUCUGAAAGAAAGAACAAACAUGUUAAAUUUUCACCAGGACAGCACACAUAACCUCGAGUCUUCGAGAUUACUGGCUUUAAAAAAUUCCCUUUGCUUCUUUUUCUUUUUUUUUAUUUUGUGUAAAACUAAUAUCCAUCUCUGAGCUCACACUGGCUUUCAAAAUUAAAUCUUGUAACUGUGUCCAUCUAGAACAUCCUGUUACAUGUGAUGGCACAUUUUUAGUUUAAUUUGAACUCCCAAUUACAUAAACCUUUAAAAAAAAAAAAAUUGGACAAUCAGGCAGAAACAAAGCCUAUCUUAAGCUGCAUACAUAUACCACCUCAGGUUUUUUUUUUUAUCAUUUCAUGCACCAAAUGUCUAGACAACAAAAAACUCUAAACCCAGAUAAAGUCCAAUGUAUCAUCAUUUAACAACUUCCUCAGACAUAGAAAAAAAAAAAAAAAAACAUUUACAUUUUUUAACCACAAAAAUACUGGCCAAAUUGAAUGUUGAUUGACAAAUAUAUUUUCUAGAAAUUCAAAGUUUUAAUGUCUAAUUUCUGUCUUAAUAUAUAUGUAUACUAUAUGGCAGCUAUCUGUGAUCAAAAUUCAUCAAAAAUGUUUAUUUAUCUGAAUUUUACUUACAGCCUAAUUCAACCGGUCAUUACAGCUCGGUAAAAAUAAAGUUGUACCGACCCGGUAUUUACUGACCAAUGUCAACAUUUCAUCCUUAUCAAGACGGUUUUGGGUGUGAUGUGAAAAGAAUGAAUGUUGAUUAAUAGAAUAACACUGGAGGGAAAAACACUUUGUGAAUGUAAACCUGGCUGUGAAACAGACUUUUUCAAACAAGACAACAGGUUAAAUCAAAAGAUUAAGACUUAAAGUCUCGUGAAUCAGAAGAUUGUUUUUCCAUAGCUGUUCCAGUCAUUCCUAAAUAUCAUCAUCCAGUUUUAGACAGUCGUUUUUUCUACUCUGACAAUAAGACCUACACAGGCUUGUGCUGUAAAACUGCAUGUGAAAGGCUGUCUGUGAAUUAUUUGUUGAGUAGAAUGUGUCUUGCUGCUCCUGCUGCUGCUGUUUUUAGACAUUUCUGAUGCUUGUGUAUAAAGCUGUUCUUUAUGUCAAUAAAUGAUGAAACUCACCACAGCAGGAUCUGAUGUCCACUUCACAUGAA